AUGUCUUUUAAAAGAAUCAACUUUGUUUUCGUUUUGGUUGUCUUGGUCGUCAUCAUGAUGACAACUGUUCAAGCAACUAAUACUCCUACUGUGACUACUUUUGUGAAAGCAUCUACAUCACACCAACUCAGCAGAUCAAUGAACAACAUUAUCGAGAAACAACCAAACGUACAAUGUCAAGACGGUAGUUUUUGUCCGGCUGGCAACACAUGUUGUCCAUCUGCCAAUGCAGGUUACUCUUGUUGUCCAGCAAACAAUGCCGUUUGUUGUAAAGAUCUCCAACAUUGCUGUCCACAAAACUUUUCUUGUUCGAGUGGAGGUAAAAUAUGUAUUCCAAAUAGUAGAUGGAUUACAUCUGAAAAUUAA